GUUCUAUACAUACAAAAAGUACCGACACUUCGUUCGCAUAACAACCGGUUUAAGGGGUCAAUGGUUUCGAUGGCAACCGAAUGUACACAACAGUAGUGUUCAGACAUUUUCACAUUUCAAGUGUUUUGUGAAUUGAAUUGCAUUUAAAUCCGGUUUUAAUCGCUGUUUACCAAUGGUUUUCGGGACACGAGUGCUUCUCGCGAGACAAUGGAUCAAGAAUCCGGCGUUUCGUAAAUGGAUGUAUAAUUUGGACGGAUAUAACAAAUUUGGUUUCUAUCAGAACGACUUGGAGUGUUUGGGUCAACUACCCUUCCAUCCGGGCACCGAAGCCGUCUACGCCGAGGCCUUGCGUCGACUGCCCGCCGAUGAGUACGACCGCUGGGCCUUCCGCUGCAUCCGAUCGGCGCAGUUGGAGAUCACCAAAACAUAUAUCCCGGAGUCCGAGAGAAUCACUUUCGAAGAGGACCAAACGAAGGGACGAUAUCUGGAGCCGUAUGUGAAGGAGAUAUUGGCCGAGAGGAAGGAGAAGGAGGACUGGCAGGACUUCCUCUCCAAGUGAGAGCUCAUUGUUGGCUCCGUUUAAGUGUUGAAUUUUGAUUGAUUUUUGGUUGGCAUUGAGAUUCACUCAAGAAAUUAGUCUUUAAAUUGUUUGUAAAUUUAUUUUAGAAAUUAAUUCAAUUGGAAAUUUAUGCCAAAAAUAGUUUUAAAUUAAUAAAUACUAUAAAAUAAAUAAAAAUCUCUUUUAGUGGUAUAAAAAACAAACAAAUGAA